AAUGUGACUGGAGGUCAACCAUGUCUCGUUUCGUCGCCCGUCUCUUCGUAGUAGUUUCUCAGCAUGCCACGGCCAGAUCCGCGGUGUUACCGAGGAGGAUCCCGGUGUUCAUGCGUCCUCUAUCCACAUCUAAAGGCCUGCAGUCUCUCACCCGUUAUAAUGAGGGUACAGACUGGCAGAAGAAGCUGACCCCAGAACAGUAUGUAGUCACGAGGGAGAGGGGGACUGAGGUGCCCUUUAGUGGGAUCUACCUUAACCAUGCUGAAGUGGGGAUGUACCACUGUGUCUGCUGUGAGGCUCCACUUUUCAGUUCAGAGGCUAAGUAUGACUCGGGGACAGGCUGGCCAGCAUUCAAAGAGGCUCAUGGGACAUGGGAGCGGGACGAAAGCCUUGCCUCCGUCAUUCGUCGCCCUGACAACAGCCUGGGUAGUGCUGGGACAGAGGUCCUUUGUAAAAAUUGUGAUUCCCACCUGGGUCAUGUGUUUGAGGAUGGACCGGACCCGACAGGUCAGCGGUUCUGUAUCAACAGCGUGGCCCUCACGUUUGAACCCAGAGGAAACGGCAAACCUGACAAGGAUGAGAAGGAUUAAUAUCUGGACUUGAAAACGCAAUUAUGUUUCAUUUCACAUCAGUCCAUUUAAGAGGCAAAUUGAAGGACCACCUAAAUGUCAGAGCAUUCAUUCCACGGUUUUGAUCUAAAAAUGUGUGACACUUUGUGUGGAACAAAGUGUCUUAAAAGGAUAGUUUGGCUGUUUUGAGGUGGGGUUGUAUGAGGUACUUAUCCAUAGUCGGUGGAUGAGACAGUAGAUGACGGUCGGCACGCCCCCAGUUUGGAGAAGCAGACAGGAGU